GUUGUAUCGACCACAACAAACAAACAGGUUUUAAACUGCGCUUACACAUAAACAUAUCGCUCACUACAUUUUCCACAUCAAAAAAAAAAAAAAAAAAAAAAAAACUUCAGCUUAUCCAUGGCUCUUCGAGCAGCUUCCCUUCUUCCAUCAGCAAUCUCCGUUCACAAUGAGGGGAAGCUGACAUUAUCUCUCAAGGAUACUUCUUUCAAUGGAGCUUUUGUUUCGAAAAAUGUCAAAUCUGAUUUCAGUCCUCUGUUGAUCGGAACUAAGGAGCUUCAAAGGAAGUCACUGUUGGGACCGAUUCGUGCACAAACAGCAACUGCGGCUCCAUCCGUCAAUGAAGCUGCAUCGGACAGCAAGAAGACGUUGAGGAAGGGAAAUGUGAUCAUUACGGGUGCAUCUUCGGGUCUUGGUUUAGCGACAGCAAAGGCGUUGGCCGAGACUGGAAAAUGGCACAUAGUUAUGGCCUGUAGGAAUUUUUUGAAAGCAGAAAAUGCUGCGAAAUCGAUUGGCAUUGCUAAAGAGAACUAUACUGUUAUGCACCUUGACCUUUCGUCUCUCGAAAGUGUUCGCCAGUUUGUGGACACGUUUAGGCGGUCUGGGCGACCGCUGGAUGCACUUGUGUGCAAUGCCGCGGUGUACUUGCCUACGGCGAAAGAGCCCACUUACACCGCGGAAGGAUUUGAACUUAGUGUUGGGACUAACCAUCUUGGUCAUUUUCUUCUCUCGCGGUUGUUGCUAGAUGACCUUAAGAAAUCGGAUUACCCGCAAAAACGACUCAUCAUUUAAUAGGAUUUAUUAAAACUGCAUACGUACAUUUGGUUCAUGUUUAUCUUGUUUAACUAAGUUUCCUAUUUCUUUGGAACUCUCGUGGUUUUAUAUGACCUUCUGUAUGUUCUCUAAUUAAUUAAUAAGAAGAAUCUACUUUGGUACCAUAAUUCUAAUGGUAUCAGAGCAGGACAUACAAAAAUCAAAACCUUGAAACAAACUCACAAAUCAAACCAACAUGACUGGAACAACAGGGGACGGAUCGAAAUCCGAUCCGAAGCCUAUUGAUCCCUCUUCCCCAUUCUAUAUUCAUUCGUCUGACUACCCUAGACAGAUGCAAGUCAACGAGAGUCUUACCGAUAGCAAUUACAGCGAUUGGUCUCAGGAGAUGAUAAAUUUUCUUUUUGCCAAGAACAAGAUGGGAUUUAUCGACAGUUCAAUUCCAAAACCAGCAAAAACCGAUCCGAUGUAUAUGGCAUGGAUGAGAUGUGAUGCAAUGAUCAAGGGUUGGCUUACUACAGCAAUGGAUAAAGAAAUUAGAGGUAGCGUAAAAUAUGCGAAUACGGCUGAAGAAAUCUGGAAAGAUCUCAAGGAACGGUUCGGGAAAGAAAGCGCACCUAGGGCAUACGAACUGAAACAAACCUUAACAAUAACACGACAGGAAGGUGCCACCGUCUCCGUGUAUUAUACAAAGUUAAGGUCACUAUGGGAUGAAAUCGAUUCGGUCCUACCGAUGCCAAAGUGUACCUGUAGCAACUGCACAUGUGAGGUUGGAAAAAGGAUGACAGAAUUCAAAGAAAAACAAUCGUUGUAUGAGUUUCUUAUGGGUUUGGAUCCGGAAUUUUCUACAAUACGAACCCAGUUAUUAUCUAUGAAGCCGACACCCACGAUCCGGGAAGCCUAUCGGCUUGUUUCAGAGGAUGAACAACAACGCAACCUGGCCAUGGGUAAGAAAGCACACGUUGAGGCUGCUGCGUUUCAGGUAGGAGGGCAAAACAAAACGGACACUCGCGGGACACGUUUCAAAUCAAACCCGGGGCAAUCAAAGAAAGGCAUUGAGGCGAUGGAGACGUGUUCACACUGUGGGAAGACUGGCCACGCUAAAUCGGGCUGUUUUGAGCUGGUGGGCUACCCGGAGUGGUGGCCCGGAAAAGCAAAAAGAGAACGCGGGAGGCCCAAGGCUGGGUGCGUGGAAACCGAACCGAACACAGUUGCUGGCUUAAGUGAAGAGCAGUACAAAACACUUUUGAGGCACUUCUCCGAAUCGAAGGAACCCAUAACACAAGGUGAUCAUGUCCCUCGAGUCAACAUGGCUGGGCUUACAGUCGAGGAAACUGAUUGGCGUGGGUAAGUGCAUAAAUGGUCUCUAUCGGAUGGGCGUGAUGGUUGAAGAUAGGAAGGCCAUGAUGUCCAAGACGGAUGCUGAAGUGCGGCACAAGCGAUUGGGUCACGCAUCAUAUAGUAAACUUUGUCGGGUCGGUUUUCUUGAAAGUAUUUCCUUUAAUGUUAAAGACAAAUUUUGUGAUGCUUGUUCCAAGGCCAAGCAAACUCGUUUGCCUUUUCCGAGAAGUUCAAUAAAAACUGUUGCAUGUUUCGAUUUAAUUCAUUGUGACAUUUGGGGCAAGUAUCGUAGGCAAUCUACU